AAUGAUUUCGCUUUCCGAUCCUUCAAGAAUUGAUCCACACAUCUUGAAGGUUAUCAAAGAACAGCUGAUUUUGUUGCUUCAUGCAAAUGUGUGCACCAAAAGAGACAGGGAGAAUUACCAAGCCGCGAUCAAUGGUCAACCUGCUCGUCAUCCACGCUGCGAUCUUCCCAGUUGCGGACUCUUCAAAUACACGCUUUCUCAUUUGAACAUGUGCACGAACGGAUCGCAUUGUCUCAUUGAUUACUGUAACACCUCGAAGCAACUCAUCAAACACUGGCGUGAGUGCCAAAAUCGUGCUUGUGCAAUUUGUGCUCCACUAAGAAGACUUCAAACAUUUGGUGGUAGCUAAAGGUAAAAGUAAUGACAUAUGCCAAACUUCAAUUUUGAUUUGUCUCCCACCAUGAUCUUCUAAUUGUUACUUAUUGUUCUGUUUUGUUUUUUAUGCAUUUAGCGAUUGAUAAAAUGUUCACAGAUA